AUGUACACCUUAAGGAUAUUUUUGUUGAUCAUGGGAUUCAUAAACCAAACAACUACUUCUGACUUUCUCCUUCUGGGUCUUUCACGUGACCUUAAAUUGCAGCCUGUCAUGUUUGGACUCUUUCUGCUUAUAUACCUGGUAACAGUGAUUGGAAACAUGUUGAUAAUAUUGGCCAUCAACUCAGAUUCCCAUCUUCAUACUCCCAUGUACUUCUUUAUCUCCAGCCUCUCCUUGACUGAUAUCUGCACAAGUACCACAACAAUACCAAAGAUGCUUGUGAAUAUCCAAGAACAGAAUCUAAGGAUAACUUUUGCUGGAUGCCUCACUCAGGCUUGCUUUGCCAUGCUUUUUGUUAGUCUGGAGUGCUGCCUUCUUGCAGCAAUGGCAUAUGAUCGCUAUGUGGCCAUUUGCUACCCCUUAAGGUACACAGUCAUCAUGAAUUGGUAUCUCUGUGGUUUAGUCAUCCUAUUAUCCCUGCUCAGUAGCACUGCUAAUGCUUUACUUCUCAGUCUCAUGAUGUUGUGGCUGUCCUUCUGCAAAAACUUGGAAAUUCCUCACUUCUUUUGUGAAAUUACACAGGUCAUUAAGGUAGCCUGUUCUGACACAUCCAUCAACAUUAUACUGAUAUAUAUUGCAAGUUUAACAUUUGGCGGCAUUACUUUUUCUGGAAUCAUUUUCUCUUACAUUGAAAUUGUCUCCUCUGUUUUAAAAAUACCAUCUGUGCAAGGAAGAUAUAAAGCCUUUUCUACCUGUGGGUCUCAUCUAUCAGUCAUUUCUUUAUUCUAUGGGACAGGUUUAAGUGUGUGCAUCAGCUCAUCAGUAACUGACUCUCCCAGGAUGACUGCAAUGGCAUCAGUUAUGUAUACUGUGGUGACUCAGAUGCUGAACCCCUUCAUUUACAGCUUGAGGAACAAGGAUAUGAAGGAAGCCUUGAGGAAAGUCAUAGGUAGAAUGAUUUUUAUAAAUAUGUUAUCUUCUUUGAAUAGAUCCUAUAGUCAAAUCACUCUGACAAUAUUCCUGGAAUUUCCAAAUGUCUCACCAUCCCUUUAG